CGAGUAACCUCCAUAAACCAGCAACACUCACUACUUUUCCAUAAUUUUUUUUUGCCUGUCUGUACCAUAUGACGUGAUGUUAGAGAGUCACAACAUUGAGAUUAUUUCUUUGUUUUUAUCAUCGUUCAGUCAUGGAAUCGUCUGCUCUGAAUGCUGCACACGAGAAGAUAAGACGAGCAGAGGCUUUAACAAGAGAAGGAAAAUUUGCAGAAGCCGCAGAGUGCCAUGACAAAGUAGCGGAUGUUCUCAAUGAAGUACAUUCGCAAAUAUCUGCUAGUUUGAUUGACGAAAGAACAUCAAGUAACGGUCACAAAAAAUUAAUACCGCUCGUGCCAUCUAUGCAAUCUUUAAUAACACUUGAAUCACUGGCGUUGCAACGAGAUUAUCACACGAGGCAGUCCGAGGUCGUUAGAAUGAAACAAGCACAGUUUGAGGAAUACAAAAAUACUCUAGAAACGCAACAACGUAAUCUUCUGAACAAAUUGAUGCCAAAAGUGACAGAAAAAGAGAGCGGUAAUCUGGAAAUGGAGAAGUGCGAAGGUGGAUCGUCGAAACAAGCGAUAUUCCGGACGAUUGAAGAACAAGAUGUUCUACUGAAUCUUAUGUCGGUUUCGGAUGAUAACGCCUUUCGACAUCCAAAGGAUGCAGGCACAGUUAUUGAGGAACUGCGGACGCUGAAUAAUCAUUUAAGAACAUUAGUGGGGAAUUUGUUGUGUCAGUUAGAAGCAAAAGAACGUGAGGUUCAAGUACUGACUGAAAGAAUUAAAGUUAUGUCUUCGGAUGGAGAUGCCGAGGUGUGUUCUAAUGGAAGUCACUCCAAGAGAUUAGCGCCACUCCCUCCAUUAGCGCCGCUCGAAAUGCCUUUGUUCGAUUUCAAUUCCUCCUGAAUAUUGACCAAUAAGAUUUUCCUCAUUCCAUUUGUUUCCCACUAUUUAAAAAACCAAGUUUUUGUUAUUGAAAUUUCUAACCUUCGAAUCUAACAAAAAAAUAUUUUCGUUCAAAUUUCUCAAUUCCUCAAGUGUUCGGUCAUCUUUGCUCAGUUUUUCUGUGGAUUCUUGAGCUCGAACUUUUAGAAAUUUUUGGAAACAUUCUAAACGUUGCAUUCUUAGAAUGCGAGUUAUAGUGUAGGAAUACUUUUCAUUGUUUAAAUUAUUGACAAAAUAUUGAGAAAGGUGCAAUAUUUUAUGACGAGGCUAAAUCCAAUUAGUCUUUCAGAAAAAAAGAUUCAUCGAAUUUAUUGAUCUGAUCAUUUAAUGCUUCUCUUUAUAAAAAAUGAACCUACCUUUUUUUAACGCGAGGCACAUGUAUUUAAUGACAAAAGAAUUCGAUACGUCAAGUUUUUAAAUGAAUUAAUGUACAAAAUAUCUUGAUAGCGAGAUUGCAUAAAAAUUAAAAGAUUGUUUGCUAACUAAUUACUGAAGUGCGUUGGAUAGAAUAUCUAUUCUCCAUUCGAUCGAGUGAUUACAGAGUCAACUCCUGUAAAUUGUGAAGUUUUUACGAAUAUGCGAUCGUUUUAUGUUCGCUAUUUGAUCAAUGUACAAAGUUUUAUUGUUUCACUAUAAAUAAAUUAACAAUGCCAA